AUGACAAACGCUUUGACUACAAUGAAUGCUAUCAACCCUGUUGCCCGUAUUGGCACCAUUUUGAACCUGCUGUUGACGUUUCUCGAAAAGAUCUCUGAUGAAAAUAUUUGGAAGAACAUCCUUGGUGAAAGACUAGUGAAUUUGGGACAAAAGUACUUUGGAAACGAUUUCGUUGCCUUAUCUCUAGCUUUUUAUAUUGCACCCAUCCUGAGAACACACUGGACAAAAUUGGUAGAGCGAAUCUUCAAAAAGGCUGAUCCUCCCGGCUAUGUUACCAUCAAGAUUUACUCCAGCGACAAUCUAUACAAUAUCGUAUCCAAGUAUGCUUUUGAGCAUGGUAAUACCAAGGAUAAAUUGUCCUCUGGUAUUGCCAUGUAUAAUGGUAAUGGAUCCAUGAAUACCACCUAUGUCGAUAACUAUGAGGAGGCAUGCUGGGAUGAAUGGGACGAUGUUACAAAUUAUAGCGAAGCAUCUAGCAUGGAUGAUUCCACAAUCAAGGUUCAGCUGUUGCCACCUGCUGACUUUGAUGAAGAGCUCAACUACAAAGGCCAUGUCGUCAAGGUCGUAUUUAAGGAUGCUGUCAUGAAUGAAAAUGAACGUGAUGAGGAGCAUAUUGCUGUCAGUAUGCUGGAUCGCGACACCAAGUUGUUGCAUGUCAUUUUGCAGGAAUGGUCUGAUGAAUACAACAAGACUCAGCGAACAAGGGAUAUCUGGAGAAGCGAUCAAUACAACUGGAAGCAUGAGAGAGAGCUCCCUCAAAGAGACAUGGACAGUAUUCAUUUGAAGAAGGGCCAAAUGGAGCAUUUGAUGAUGGAUAUGCAGACAUUCAAAAAGAAGGCGGAUUGGUAUACGAAGAGAGGAAUCCCACAUCGUCGCGGAUACUUGUUGUAUGGUCCACCUGGUACAGGCAAAACCUCCACGAUUCAAGCUAUUGCUAACCAUCUCGAUUACAAUAUUGCCAUCAUGGGUGCUCUUGCCACGACAACCAAUGACAACCUGUUGUCUUUGAUUCGAAGCGUGCCUCAUAACAGUAUCGUUGUGAUUGAGGAUAUUGAUCACUUGUUUGAGAAUAACGCCAGCGACAAGGAGAAGAAGGAUACACUCACCAUGUCUGGCUUGCUGAAUGUGUUGGACGGUAUGCAGAGUCAAGAAGGAUCAAUGAUCUUUAUGACAUGCAAUAAUUUGAACAAAAUCACACCGGCCUUGCUGAGACCUGGAAGAAUUGAUGUCAAGCUCAAAUUCGAUUAUGCAGCUCCUGAGCAAGUGAGAGACACCUAUUGGCGAUUCAUGAGACUGGACGAGGCCACAUCCCUGCCAAUUGAAGGCGACGAAAAGGAAAAGGCACAAGAGUUUGGCAUCAAGUUUGGAUCGAUGAUUCCCAGUGACAAGAUCACCACGGCUGAAAUUCAGAGUUUCUUUAUCGAUCUGCUACUGGAGGCCAAUUCGCUUGGUUGGACAAGAGAUGAAAUUUACCAGCACAUGUUUGAGCGCAUUCCAGAGUUCCUCAAAAAGGUGGAGUUUGAUAGAGAACAAGCUGAAAAGCAUAGGAAGGAGAAGAAUCACAAAAAGAGCGAAAAUGCCUCCACUGAAGAAGUAGAAUGA